AUGGAUUUGCUGUCAAUGGAGUCAUUGUAUAUGUAUUAUUGCACAUUUCUGAGAUGGGGUCAAAGGGAAGUGGUUAUCUCUAUUUAUUUAAUUAUUGCUUUAUCUAAAUCCAACACCUUCGCAGAACAUCUUGAGAGCAGCAGCCAGACCCAGAGUGAUGCCAAUCUGCGAAUCUCCGAGAGUAAUCAUCGAGGACAUUUUCGAGUAGACGACCUAAGAAGGCACAAUCAUCACAUCAGUAUUCUUCCAUCAUCAUCUCAACGGCCAUCAGCAGAGAGUGAGUUAAUCAUCACAAGAAACGCCACACUUUUGCAGGUACAGGAUGGACAUGAAACAUUGGCGGAUCCUGGAUUUUGGAUUUGGGCUACGAAAAAUAGUUAUAUGAGUUUGAAAAUCCGAACAAUCCUUUCAUUGUCAUAAAUACAAAUGUCAUACGUAGACGCAAA